AUGGAGAAGAAAGAAGCUAUAAAGCUUGAGAAUUUUGUUGGAUCUCCAACAUUUAGUGCUACUAAUGAUCAUAUUCAAACUAGUUAUCCACUUAUGCAGGGUCAUGUUUUUGACUUUGUUGAUGGAGAUAAGAACUCUCUAGGGUUUAUGGAGCUACUGGGUAUGCAAGACUUUAGUCCUUCUUUGCUUGAUAUGGUACAGGUACCAAUACCAUCUGUACAGGCUCCAAAUGUUCAAGUAGUUAUGGAGUCACCACCAGAGGUGUUGAAUCAACCUGCUACACCCAACUCUUCAUCGAUUUCAUCGGCUUCCAGCGAGGGUUUGAAUGAUGAACCUGUUAAUAAGGGUGUUGAUGAUGAGGUAGACGAGCAAGAAAAGACGAAGAAAGAGUUGAAACCAAAGAAGACAAGUCAGAAGAGACAGAGAGAGCCGAGAUUCGCGUUCAUGACAAAGAGCGAGGUUGAUCAUCUGGAAGAUGGGUACAGAUGGAGAAAGUACGGCCAGAAAGCUGUGAAAAAUAGCCCCUUUCCUAGGAGUUACUAUCGUUGCACCACUGCCUCAUGUAAUGUGAAGAAGAGAGUGGAGAGGUCUUUCAGUGAUCCAAGCGUAGUUGUGACCACUUAUGAAGGCCAACACAUCCAUCCUAGCCCAGUCAUGUCUCGUCCAAACUUUACUGGACCUGCAUCUGAUUCUAUUUUCUCUUCCACUGCUGCCUUUGCUAUGCCAAUGCAAAGGAGACUCUCUCUCUAUCAACAACAACCUUCUUUUGUCAAUAGCUUGUCACCUUUGGGUUUUGGUUACAAUGGAUGUACCACAACUUCUGGUAGUUAUCUCCAAUAUGAGAAGCGCUUUUGCAGCAGCCCAGGGUCUGCUUUACUAAAGGAUCGUGGGCUUCUUCAAGAUCUCGUCCCCUCCCAUAUGCUAAAGGAAGAGCUGACAACAUUAGUGGUGAAAGAACUCAGACGAAUGGAUAAAAUCAAAGAAAUAACUUCAAACAGCCACUUUGAGCAACCUAAAUCUCCUGAAAUAAUUGCAUAG